AUGCAGCAUAUUUCAGAACUCGAGUCACGUCUUGAUCAAUUGGUUUCUGAGAAUCGUUUAUUGGCUGCAGCCAAGGAGGAAGCUGAACACAAGCUAUCCCGUUCUGGUGUUGCGCGCCGCAAGAGCGAUCAAGCUCUUAAUAGCAGCAAUGCCGACCUACGCGAUAAAGAAGCCGAGAUUUCACGAUUGACUAGCUCAUUAGAAUGGAUGCAGAGCGAGGUGCAGCGAUUGACGCAAGAGAACGAAUCGCUGAGUGCCACUCAUACAGAGUUAACUGCGUCGCAUGCACGUGAAGUCGACAAUUUACGGACACGCCAGGUACAGCUUGCGACAGGCAUGGAAGGCAUUGUCCGCGAACAGAUAUCUGCUGCGUUGGCCGAGAAAGACGCCGAGCUUCGGCGCCUACGCGAUGAGCUCGCUGCUGCCCGCCAGACAGUUCAAGAAUUACAGCAGCAAAUUGUCGCAGCAACCGCAGAUGAUGUGCUUUCGGUUCGAGACGAAGAUUAUUUUGAUAAUGCUUGCCAACGCCUAUGUCAACAUGUACAGCAAUGGGUCUUGAGGUUCUCGAAACACUCUGAUCUACGCCGCUGUCGUCCAUUGGCCGAGGUGCGCGAUUCCAAGAUCGCAGACCGGUUCGAAAAUGCCAUCUUGGAUGGGUCAGAUGUUGACAUCAUCCUAGCCGAUCGUGUAAGACGACGUGAUAUAUUUGUGGCUGUUGUGAUGGCUAUGAUUUGGGAAUAUAUCUUCACCAGAUAUCUUUUCGGCAUGGAUCGUGAGCAGCGCCAGAAGCUCAAGGCCCUUGAAAAGCAACUGUCAGAAAUUGGACCUCGACCCGCCGUCGCUCAUUGGCGUGCAUUGACUUUAACCCUACUUGCAAAACGGCCAUCUUUUGCGGAGCAGCGAGUUAGAGACACAGAGGCUGUCGCUCUUGAAAUCAUGGGAACCCUAUCACAGCUUCUGCCGCCUCCGCAAACGGCUGAAAGCCAACUUCUCGAAUCAUUGCGUGGAGUCUUGCGGCGCGCAGGCAACCUUUCGAUCGAGAUGCGAACUCAACGUGCCGAGUACAUAAUGUUACCGCCCCUACAACCUGAAUAUGAUAUACAGGGCGAUCUUGCUCGCCAAGUGGUCUUCAAUGCAUCGCUCAUGAAUGAACGCAGUGGAGCUUACACUUCCAACGAGCCCCUGGAGGCGCAAGGUGUGGCUGUGCGACUCGUCCUCUUCCCACUAGUCGUUAAAAAGGGCAACGAUUCUGGAGAUGGCGAUGAUGAAAUUGUUGUCUGUCCAGCCCAGGUACUUGUCGCUCGACCAGAAGGCGAUAAGACACGCGAAAGAGAUCGCAUGUCUGUUAUUGGGAACCGGUCCGUGUCAAGCGUGGUGCCUUCUAUUAACAUGGAAAAUAUGAUCUGA